CAGUAGGCUAAGCGAUAGUAGGCCUUAUCUAGGAAGGCGUCGAAUUCCUGUCAAUGUUAUCGAAGCUAUUCUACAUCUAAAAAUUCCCAAAGAGUCUCUCAAACCAGUCUCUCUGCUACAAAUCAGCCUCAAAGCAAUGAAUGUCACGCCAAACCUAACUCUACAUUCCUCAAGUUGAGUGCCACUUUGGCGUCAUAUUUGAUUCAUAACUUGAUCACUUGUUUUGUUGUCUCGCGUGAACUUAAGUUGGAUAAUCUCGUCUGGUUUUGGAAGAACUAACGCGCGUGUAGAUUCUUGAAAACAUCUACUCAAAAGGGUUUGGUCCUACUUACGAGUUGAGAUAGAAUGGGGACCACCCAUUCGAGUGAGACAAACUUGGAUGAAGUGUGCCAAAAGCUCAAGUCUGGCCAUUUCAAGAAUGUGGUGAUCAUGUGCGGUGCCGGAAUUUCCACCUCGGCCGGUGUGCCCGACUUUCGAUCUCCUUCCAUGGGGCUCUACUUCAAGCUCAAGAAAUACAAUCUACCCUACCCGGAAGCGGUCUUUGAGGGGAGUUACUUUAGACAAGAUCCCAAGCCCUUUUAUUCCCUAGUUCGGGAUAUCUUUCCUCAGGAGCUCGUGCCCACUCCGACUCAUCGGUUCUUGGCCUUGCUCCAUCAGAAAGGAUUCCUCCGACGGGUAUACACCCAAAAUAUUGAUGGCCUUGAAUUUGCGGGAGGUCUGCCGGAAGAAAAAGUGGUGGAGGCUCACGGAACCUUUCAUAGGUGUCAUUGUUCCUCUUGUCAAAAAACUUUCUCACUGCCUUGGCUGCAGAACGAAAUAUUCCAUCCAGAGCGUAAUGACGGCGUGCCAAAAUGCGAUUGUGGGGGUGUGGUUCGACCGGAUGUAGUUUUGUUCGGCGAGGCCAUGCCGUCGAGGUUCUUUGAUUUGUGUAACGAGGAUUUUGAGCGUUGCGAUUUGCUGCUGAUAUUUGGAACAUCCUUGGCAGUUGCUCCUUUUAAUGGACUUUUUGCCAAAGUGGGUGGAGAUGUGACCCGAGUAUUUAUCAAUCGAACCAAACCAGGUUCUUUGGGAGUUCUCUCUCGGAUUUUGGGUUUGGGCCACAGAGUUUCAUUGUCGGAAGCCACUGACCUCAUUGAGCUUGGGGAUUGUGACGAAAAAGUAGAAGAGAUAUGCUCCAAAACUGGUUGGACAGAAGACCUCAGUAUGAUCCCUAUUAGUCCUAUCAAAAUGUCCUCGAACAUUGAUUCUUAAAUAGAAUAAGGACGAAUCUCAAACCCUUCAUCAAAAUCAAAGCCUAGAUAGGGCCUAUUGUUUGCGAUGAAAAUUAGCGUAUGUGGAAUAAUAAAAGACUAAACAAAUGAAAAGCGAAAGACAAACAUGGCGAAUAUUCUAAAAUGAGGGUGCAUAGUUAUUGAUUUAGACUUAGUUACAUAGACCUUGGUUAGAUCUGACGUUGAUUGGAGCUAGUUGGAGCUAAUAGCACUCAUGGAUGACACUCGAG